CGGGGGUUAAACUCUAGAAUCAUCCUUCACACACACACACACACACACACACACACACACACUUGUCUUACUGAAAACAUCACCACAUCAAUGAUGACAUUUUUCUAAUCUGUUAACGUAGAGUGUCUUCUGUACAAGUCCCUGUGAAUAAACUGCUACUGCAGAAUGAAUAUAAAGCUGUGGUUUGCAGCUGCGCUCGUGUCAGAGAUGCUGUUCUAGAAAAUUAAUCAACACCUUCUGACCAAUCACAAUCACAGAGCUGAAUUAAUAAACGCGCUGUGGUAGAAUACAGUAUGUAAUAAGAUAGGAGUCAUUAAGUAAGUGAGUAAGUGUGUCAGUUCUUCUUUAAGAGUAAAAUCUGCCAACCUGCAUCAGCAAAGUGGCCACGCCCUUGUGUUACACGCACACACGCACACACACACUACUAAAGAUGGACUGAAUCAAAGUCUCUAGCUGUCUUUGGUUCGUGGAGGAUAAGAGAAACGUCACAAUGCGGUCUGGACAGAAUUUAUAUCUGUUUUUCCUUAUUAUCACCGUAUUAACACUCCUCGGGAUCAGUUACUUCAGCUACACAUCCUCCUGGUUCAGAGAUGUGUGGGAGUGCAGACUGACUGUGGAAGAAAAAAAGCAUGGUAAUGGUAAUACGGACCUAAUCUUUCCUCCGAGGGAAGAAGAAAAGCAGGGUAAUACGGACCUAAUCUUUCCUGUGGGGAUUGCAUGCGCUCAGCCCAGUGUGAGUAAUAGUCGGCCAGAUGUCUCCACAACGACCCCGUGGUUAGCUCCAAUUGUGUGGGAGGGUACAUAUGAUUUGACGGUGAUUGACAACAUCUACAAACAACAGAACAUCACCGUGGCAGUCACCGUCUUCGCUCUGGGGAAGUACGUACGCUUCCUGAAGGACUUCCUAGAAUCUGCAGAGCAGCACUUCAUGGUGGGCUACCGAGUGCAUUAUUACCUGUUUACCGAUCGUCCGGACGAGGUUCCCACGGUAACGCUGGGGGAAGGACGUCAGUUGACCAUGAUAAAAACAGAAACCUCGAACCGCUGGCAGGAAAUCUCACUGCGCAGGAUGGAGAUGGUCGAAAAGCUCAUUGAGAAGGAACUCACUGACAAGGCAGACUACAUAUUCAGUCUCGACGUCGACUCCAAAUUCUACGCUCACUGGGGGGCGGAGUCUCUGGGCGACCUUGUCGGCGUGCUGCAUGCCUGGUUUUUUGGAAAAUCUCGGGAACAGUUCACGUACGAGCGGCGUCCUGAAUCUCAGGCCUUCAUACCUUUAGAAGAAGGAGACUACUACUACGGAGGUGCCGUGAUCGGAGGACGCCUCGACAAAGUGCACAAGCUGGUGAAGACGUGCCGCAUGCAGCUGGAUGUGGACCGAGCCAAUCACAUUGAAGCGGCAUGGCAGGAGGAGUCUCACCUGAACAAGUACUUCCUGUACAAUAAGCCCAGCAAGGCGCUCUCACCUGAAUACCUGUGGGACGACACAAAAGGGAAACCCAGCUACAUGAAAGUGGUGCGUUUCUCUCAGGUGGUCAAGAAUUACGCCGACAUCCGACCCAACCCUUAAAGCACACUGUACUGUAAUGGGUUUCUCAGGAAAGAUAAAUGAACUAACACCAUUAACUCUAUCACCAUCAUCUCACAGGUUUCAACCACAGACUACACCAAGGUCUUCCAUCAGGAAAUGUUUGGUUACCCUACAUUAUAAGACAUGUUGAUGAUUAUAUUAAUAAAUUGUGUUUUCCUGGAUUUUUAGGUCCUAAUUAUGUUUGUAAGUUACACAAAUGCAAUAAAGACAAUUCUUAAAGGA